AGUUAUAAACUCUUUUCAGAAAAUAUGAUAUUUCAAGACUGGGUGGAGUGGAGGGGGGAGAAAUCAAGCGUGGUUGGUGUUGGGCAUAGAGUAUCAGGAAGUUUGAAUAAUCUUCAUGAUAAAGAGAUGUUUUUGAUUAUCCCAGGAAACCCUGGUUUGGCUGGAUUCUACCAGGAAUUUAUGAAAAGUUUGCAUGGUAAAGUCGGAAACCCUGACCUCUCUAUCUGGGCUCUCUCACAUGCCGGUCAUCAUAGACCGGAAGUAUCCUGGAUUCCCGCAGGACCCCUAUCAGAAAAAACCUACGGGUUCGAGGAACAAAUUCUUCAUAAACUUGAACUCAUAGAUCGUCUAAUUCCACAAUCCACCAGAAUAACUUUGAUCGGACACUCUAUCGGCUGUAAGAUAAUUAUGGAAAUAUUUAAACGAAAUUCUACACAUUCCUUUACAGGUGUUUACUUCUUGUUCCCUACAAUAGAGAAUAUGGUUGGAACUGAGCGAGGGAGGCAGGUUUACCCCCUCACCACCCUACUCAGGAUACCCUGCAUCCUCAUCCUCUCACUCCUCUACAUCAUCCUUCCUAAACAAAUACUACGAACUCUGCUACGAAGGUUUUUAAAGGAUGUUCCUGAUAGUGUUUUAAAUACUGUACAUGUGCUAGCCAACCCAAACUAUGUGAACAACUGUCUGGUGAUGGCUCGUGAGGAACUAGACACUGUUCUUGAUCUUGACACAAGUACACUUAAAACUAUGUUUGGGUGAUUUCAAUGCAAUGCA